GCCAAAUUUAGCCAAAAUGUGACGAUGAUGGAAUCUGAUUGGCUUUUGGUAUAAAACCUUCAAAGCCUGAUUAUAAGCAGACAGCGGCUCCAAAGGGAAAAUGUGAGAAUUAUUGAGUUCAAAAACAUCUCUGCACAGUGACGUGUUAAACAAUUUCUAAUCAUUUUAAAACAGUUUAUAUUUGAUCUAACAGUUUUGCUGAUUUUAUCAACAUGGCUCCUAAAAUUUAACUGAGCAUCCAGAAUUAUUCCUAAAUAUUUUUCUUGUGAUACUUGAUCAAUAGGGUCUCCAUUGAUGUGGAUAUUCAAGGACUGUAAUGAUGUUUCCUUGAUUGAAAAGCAAAUACACUUUGUUUUCUUUCUAUUGAGAGUUAAACAGGAAUCCUUCAGCCAUGAUGAUGAUGAUGAUGAUGAUCUCUGCAGGCUGUUCUGAAGUUUCAACAUCAGAAGCUCUGAGCAAAAAACGGAGAAUUCGAUCUCCAGUUCGCUAAAUACUAACAUGCAGCAUCACUGCAUUUCACCGCAGCAUCACUGCAUUUCACCGCAGCAUCACUGCAUUUCACCGCAGCAUCACUGCAUUUCACCGCAGCAUCACUGCAUUUCACCGCAGCAUCACUGCAUUUCACCGCAGCAUCACUGGCGUCUCGACUCCGGAUUGCUGUUUCCUCAGACUCGUUUAUCAGAUCCAUGUUACACAUGGAUCUGAUUUUCUAUAUUAUUUUUAUAGUGGUGACACAUUAAUCUCUUCCUGCUGCCACUCUUGGGGAAAUAUCAGAAAUCAAACUUGUCAACUUGUUUUCCGUAAAUUUAGUGUCUACUUUCAAAUAAUUAAAAUAAAAGGGCACACUUUAUUUACUCUGCAUUUCAAGACCUAAAUUAUUUAUUUCUAGGUUUUCAUUCCUUUAAAGUGAAAAUCAACAACCAAAACACCAGCAUGAUGUAAGCUAAUUAGAAAUGAUGCUAAUAGCAUUAGCUAUGAUAGUAGCUAGAAAUGAUAAAGAAUCUGGUGCUGACAUGUUGGUAUGGGGGACCCCGAAAAGGCUUGGUCCGGCCCUGGUCCCUGGUUCAGUUUCCUCCGGCCCUGGAACGGUGCCCGGUCUGUGGAGACUUUCCCACCGCAGCGGUGACCCUGAACGCAUCACCCGGAGGUGAAUGAGGCCGGGCUCCGCGCUCAGCACAGUCUGCGGGCUCUCAUCAUGCGGCUGGGGCUCCUGUGUCUGUGGACCGGCUGGAUGCUCCGGAGCGCCGCGUCGCAGCCUCCUCAGCCGGAGGACGGAGGCGUGCGACCCGGCGAACAGCUGCAGACCGACCCGGGGGGAGUCCGGACCUGGUUCCGGAGCCAGAGCACCGGAGCACCGGCAGGUGGAGCCCGGAGGAGAGCAGCUCUGAGCGGACCUCGUGUUUGUGGAGGGCGAUGUUGUCUCGGCUGGACUGUGUCCCCUAAAACCAGGAGGUGCACCAAGCCCAGAUGUUUUCCUUCCUGCCGUAACGGAUCAUCGUGUGGACUUCCCAACAACUGUCUGUGCGGGAAAGGUUUCUAUGGCGUCCGCUGCCAAUUUUCCAAAGUUCCUCUUCCUGUGGGAAGGCCUCCAGAGACAUCCAGCCAUCCUGCCUCCACAACCACAGCAGCUGGACCAAUCGGGUCCAGUCGGAAACCUGAACCUCCAGGUUCGUUUCAGAAGCCAUUAAACAGUAACGACUCUGGUCCUCUGAAGUCUGGAUGUCUAGCAGGUCAAGCUGAAGGCGUGAAGGGGGAUCCAGGAGAUGUUACCCUAAGGUUUCUGAACCGAUCGUCUCCCGGAAGCACAGGUCUGAUGAGGGCAGAUCCAGAUCCAGAGAGGCAAAGCUCAGAUUCAGAACAUGUCCUGGAGUCCAAGCCCCAAACUAACAGAGAAAACAGGAACCCACUGAGAUCCGAGUCCCUGGAGCUGGAAGCAAGUCUGGAAGUUAAAGAAGACGAGGAUCCGACUGGAGCAGAGAGGAGGCCAGAGGAGGUGAAGAGGCAGAUCCCGAGUCUGAGGGAGGCCCAGUCCGUUCUGCUGAGAAACUCUUUAUCACAAGGAGGAAGAGGAGGCAACAUGGCCGCCCUGCUGAUGAAGCACAUAACAAGAGAGAAGAGGAAGCUACAGACUCUGAGGGCCUUCCAGAACCAGAGAGGUCGGUUCGACUCCCACCUCGCUGCUCCUAAAGCAGAGCCAACGUCCAGUGAAGGCACUGGAAAAUGGAUGGACUCCAACAAGCAAAGGCCUGACAGCAGGGAUCAACCGGUGAGACUGACACCAUUCUGGUGGGCCCCAGUAGAGCCCCAGUAG